AUGACUCUUCAGGAAGAUUACCCGCCUCGUCUUCUGCCAGAAAAGUAUCAGACUUUGAAGGAACAAACGAUCGACUGGUCGAUUGCCAACAGUCUUGUAAUACGUCCGACUGCUGAAGUUGCCUUACCUCAAAAUAUAUCUGUAAUUCAUGCGCCAGUCGCGUUGUUCCCGUCGCCCAUACCGAGGGAGGCUUUCGAGGAGGCUGUGAAUCUGCAACCAAUAUUUAAUGAAUUGUAUCAUAAAAUGUCUCUGGAUGAUGCGUUUAUCAAGAGUACUAUACAAAAGGUUUCCGAAGUUGAUGACUUUGUCAAGAAAUUGUACGAUAUUUAUUUAAAAACGAAGGACAAAGUUCAAGUAAGCUCUAAUAAGCUUGAUUCGUUCUUUCAACAACAUGCUUUCAUUUCAGCUCAUAAGUCAGACUACCUACUCCACAUGGAUGAGGGAGAGGUGAAAUCCAAAAUAUUACAAGUCGAGUUCAACACUAUUGCCGCAUCCUUUUCGAGUUUGUCAGCGCUGACAGGGAAAUUACAUAAGUACCUCGUGGAAUCUACGGGCUAUUUUGACGCAAAUGCACGAAUAAACACGGAAUCUUUGCCGGAAAAUGCGUCUUUGACCAGUUUACCAAAAGGCAUUGCUAAGGCUCAUGAGCUUUAUGGAUCUUCAAAAGCCGUUGUUAUGAUGGUCGUUCAGCCAGGAGAACGUAAUGCUUUUGAUCAACGUUGGAUAGAGUAUAAUUUACUACAGAAUCAUAAGGUCCAUCUUAUUCGUAAAACACUCGCUGAAGUUUCUGAAGAGGCAAGUGUAGAUCCAGUGACCAGUUCGCUUACUAUCGCUGGUAAAGAAAUAUCUGUCGUGUAUUACCGAGCUGGAUAUAGUCCGGAUGAUUAUCCGACAGAGAAGCAAUGGGAAGCACGGCUUUUAAUUGAAAAAUCUAAAGCUAUCAAAUGUCCGACGGUAGCCUAUCAAUUAGUCGGUGCGAAAAAAGCACAACAGGAAAUAGCUAAACCUGGUAUGAUUCAGCGAUACAUAAAUGAUCCAAUACAGGUAAAGAAAUUAUACGCUAGCUUUGCUGAACUAUAUCCUCUUGAUACUACGCCAGAAGGUGAAGCAGCUGCUAAGCUUGCACUCGAGAAUCCAGAACGCUAUGUGAUGAAACCUCAGCGGGAAGGAGGAGGUAACAAUAUCUAUACUAAAGACAUUCCUCCUGCACUUGCUCGGCUGUCUGUCUCAGAGCGAUCUUCAUAUAUACUAAUGGAACUCAUCAAACCACCACCAAUGAAAAAUACGGUAUUACGUGAAGGAGAACUAAUAAGUGGUCCCAUGGCAUCAGAGCUUGGUAUUUAUGGCAUAUUUAUUGCCACACAAGACGGAGAGGUGUUAGUCAACGAGCCAGCAGGCCAUUUGUUGAGAACCAAAAGUGCUGAUAUGAAUGAAGGAGGAGUAGCGACAGGAUUUGCUGUACUUGAUUCACCGCUGCUUGUCUAG